AUGCACACCCUCCCCAGACUGCGCGGUGCGCGCAACACCGCUCGCGUGCUGAACCGCCACGUCGCCACUACCCGACGGUCCCAAGCCUCGGCCGCGGCCACAAGCAACCCCAUAGCAAAGCCGUUAACCUCUGUACUCAUUGCAAACCGAGGCGAAAUUGCCCUGCGUGUCGGGCGUACAGCCUCCGAGUGCGGCGUGCGAGUCACCACCCUGUACACAGACCCUGAUGCCCAUUCCCAACAUGCCCUCAGCUCCCCUUUCGCCGUCAACCUGGGAGACCCCAGCGCCUACCUGGACGGCGAUCGCAUCAUCGAGGUCGCCAAGAGGGAGGGCUGUCAAGGCAUCCACCCGGGCUACGGCUUCUUGAGCGAAAACCCCGUCUUUGCCAGGAAAUGCAAGGAUGCCGGCCUGACCUUCAUCGGCCCGCCUUGGGAAGCUAUUGAGGCCAUGGGCAGUAAAAGCAGGAGCAAGGAAAUCAUGACCGCCGCCGGCGUCCCGUGCAUUCCCGGCUACCACGGCUCAAACCAGGACCCGGCCUUUCUGAAGCAGGAGGCUGAGAAGAUUGGCUACCCCGUCUUGCUGAAGGCCGUAAAGGGCGGGGGUGGGAAGGGCAUGCGCAUAGUUAAGACCCCGGAUGAGUUCAUGGACCAACUGGAAUCGGCAAAAUCAGAAGCAAGGAACUCCUUCGGCGACGAGGUCAUGCUUGUUGAAAAGUACAUCACCACUCCCCGUCACAUCGAAGUCCAGGUGUUUGCAGACAAGCAUGGAAAUAGCGUUGCGCUGGGCGAACGCGACUGCAGUAUCCAACGCCGGCACCAGAAGAUUUUGGAAGAAUCCCCAGCCCCGCAUCUAGAUGAGGCCAUCAGGCAGGAUCUGUGGGAGAAGGCUCGGGCAGCGGCGCUGGCUGUCAAGUACGAAGGCGCAGGCACCGUCGAGUUCAUCUUCGACAACGAAACGAACGAGUUCUUCUUCAUGGAGAUGAACACCCGUCUGCAGGUCGAGCACCCUGUGACUGAAAUGGUGACAGGCCAAGACCUUGUCAGGUGGCAGCUCAUCGUCGCUGAAGGCGGCAAGCUCCCUCUCACUCAAGCCGAGAUUGAGGAGCAGAUUGCUCAGCGCGGCCACGCCAUCGAGGCUCGCAUCUACGCCGAAAACCCAGACAUGAACUUCAUUCCUGACUCUGGAAAGCUCAUUCAUCUCCGCAUCCCCAAGGAGUCAGCCACAGUCCGCGUGGAUGCCGGGUUCGUCGAGGGCGACGAGGUUUCUAGCCAUUACGACCCCAUGAUCGCAAAGCUCAUUGUUCAAGCCCCUACCCGCACCGCCGCUCUCCAAAAGCUUCGCAUAGCCCUUGGUGAGUACGAGGUUGCCGGGCCUGUGACAAAUAUCGAGUUCCUCAAGCGCUGCUGCGUCAGUCCCGCCUUCAUUGCAGGCGAAGUCGAGACCGGAUACAUCCAAAAGCACCACACCGAGCUCUUUGCCAAGCAACCAAUUCCUCCUGAAGCUUUUGCUCAGGCAGCCAUCGGCCUUGUGCUCAAAGAGUCGGAAGCCCGUAAAUCCUCAAGUCCACUGACGGUGAUUGGCUUCGGCGACGGCUUCCAAGCACGUGAAAUCAACCUCGUUGAGAUAGAUCCCAGCGCUGCCGCCUCUGCCACCGGGCCUGCUGCUCCUGAGGAUGCAACACCAGUCAAGGUCCGCCAGAUUGAGCCACAUUUGUUUGAGGUAAAAAUCGGCGACACAAUCUACCCGGCAGUGAAGGCGGAGCUGGAUGCUGCCUCCUCCACAAUUACGUCUUUCUACCCGCAUACACGUGUAGAAACGCGUGUCAUCCGGGCUGACGACGCAAUUACACUCUUCCAGCAGGGUAAACAGUAUCGGCUGCGUCUAGCGACACCAAAGUGGGCGGAGAAAGCGCUGGGCAUUAAGGAGGCGAAGAACAGCGUCGUCGCCCCAAUGCCAUGUAAGGUGUUACGAGUAGAGGUAAAUGAAGGUGACGAGGUGAGCGAGGGGCAGGCGUUGGUAGUGAUUGAGAGCAUGAAGAUGGAGACAGUGAUCCGGAGUCCCCAGAAAGGCGUUGUGAAAAAAAUUGUGCACGGACAAGGUGAUCUCUGUAAAGCCGGCACAGCACUAGUAGAGUUUGAAGAGGAGGGUGCGGGACAGUAA